CUGUUUUUUUUUUUUCUGUUUUUUUUUCGGGCCUUUCAAUCUGCACGGUGGCGGUGCUGUGAUGGGGGGCUGCUGUGCUUUAUUUAUUUAUCCACCCCACCCCCCCGCUCCCCUCCUUUUUCCCUUCAUUCCAUCCCCUCCCCGUUAACCGUAUUUUUUUCGGUCUAACAGAGCCGGCUGAGGGUUUGGGGGGUGGGGGGUGGGGGGGGGGGGAUGCAUCUUGCAUCGCGCUUUAGCAGGAAUGUGGAAGUCGCAGCUUUAGUGAGGGCACCCACAUUUCCGACAGCGGCGGUGCCCGGGGAGCUCAGUGUCCUCCUGCACGCAUCGGUUUGGCCGUGCCAUAGCGUGGGGAUGCUCACACCCCUAUUUAUACAUCCAUCGUGCCCGGCUGCGCCGGCGGCGAGCUGUGGUUUGGCCCUGGAUCCGUCCCUCGGCCCUUUUCCUCCCUUCCGCACCGUGGGAUGCUGUGCGUGGGGACGGCGGGGCGGGCAGCGCUCCCAGCCCGGAGCCUUUGGGGACGGAAAUGGGAUCGGAGAGGAGAGGGAAAAGUUUUGGGCCCCCUCCUGGCGUGCGGCCUGCGGGGCGGACGGACGGACGGACGGACGGAUGGAUGGAUGGGUGCAGGCCCUGCGGGCGCCCCGGAUCAGGGUGCCUGGGGAUGAAAACACAGCUUUUCUUUUUGUCUGCUUUCAGGAAAAAGCCCUACGUUCCCACGGGUCGGGUCGUUGGGAGCCGCUCCGCUUUUGUUCCUCCGCGUGUUGUGUUUUUUGGGGUGUGUGAAGUUGUCCUCCUUGUCCCCCCGUAGAGAAACGCCCCGCGUGCGGCACCGGUUCCCAGCUAGAUCUGGAGAUGGACGCGGAUAAGGGGAAGCAACGCCAGUACUCUCAGAGAGCCGGCAGUCCGUGCGCUUCUCUGUGCGGAGCAAUCCCUUCUCCCUCAGGAAUCCCCUUCUCCCCCGGAGAGCGGCGGCUGGCCGUGCCUUGUGACAAGUGCAUGCCGAAGGCGAGACAGAGAGGGCUGCCAAAGUAGAGACGUUCCCUAGAGAACUGUAGCUUGACUUAGCGGCAGUUUGGUAGGAAGUUGGAAGGCUAUAGUGAGCUGCGGGGCCUGGCGCUCGUACCCACCCGUGCCAUCAUCUACCUCCAUCAAUCUGGAGCCUCAUCGACACGUCUCCCCAGGCAGCUGCGGCCAUCUGGCUUCUGAGGCCAGCCUGAUGGCGGAGCCUCGCUUCAACAACCCCUACUUCUGGCCGCCUCCCCCAACCAUGCCCAGCCAGCUGGACAACCUCGUCCUGAUCAACAAAAUCAAAGAGCAGCUGAUGGCAGAGAAGAUCCGGCCCCCACACUUGCCCCCCACCUCCGUUGCCUCCCAGCAGCCCCUCCUGGUGCCCCCCUCUCCUGCUGAAAGCAGCCAGUCCAUCAUGUCCCUCCCCAAGCUGCAGCAGGUGCCAGGCCUCCACCCGCAGGCGGUCCCGCAGCCCGACGUGGCCCUGCACGCUCGGCCGGCCACCAGCACCGUCACAGGGUUGGGGCUGGCGUCCCGCGCGCCCCCAGUCAGCACCUCCGAGUCCAGCACGGGCACCACCACCCCUUCCACACCCACCUCCACCAGCCAGAGCCGCCUCAUCGCCUCCUCGCCCACCCUUAUCUCAGGAAUCACCAGCCCGCCCCUCCUCGACUCCAUAAAGACAAUCCAGGGCCACAGCUUGCUGGGGGCACCCAAGACGGAGCGGGGCCGCAAGAAGAUCAAGGCGGAAAACCCUUCGGGGCCGCCCGUCCUCGUGGUUCCCUACCCCAUCCUGGCCUCGGGGGAGACGGCCAAAGAGGGCAAGACGUACAGGUGUAAGGUCUGCCCUUUGACGUUCUUCACCAAGUCGGAGAUGCAGAUCCACUCCAAGUCGCACACAGAGGCCAAACCCCACAAGUGCCCCCACUGCUCCAAAUCCUUCGCCAACGCCUCCUACCUGGCCCAGCACUUGCGCAUCCACCUGGGCGUGAAGCCCUACCACUGCUCCUACUGCGAGAAGUCCUUCCGCCAGCUGUCCCACCUCCAGCAGCACACCAGAAUCCACACCGGUGACAGACCCUACAAGUGCCCGCACCCCGGCUGCGAGAAGGCAUUCACACAACUCUCCAACCUCCAGUCUCACCAGCGACAGCACAACAAGGACAAGCCCUACAAGUGCCCGAAUUGCUACCGGGCCUACACGGACUCGGCCUCGCUGCAGAUCCACCUCUCGGCGCACGCCAUCAAGCACGCCAAGGCUUACUGCUGCAGCAUGUGCGGCCGCGCUUAUACCUCGGAGACGUACCUGAUGAAGCACAUGUCCAAACACACCGUGGUGGAGCACCUCGUCAGCCAGCACUCUCCUCAAAGGACCGAAUCCCCCGGCAUCCCCGUGCGGAUCUCGCUCAUCUAAGUGGGCUCCGUCCCACCCCGCUGCUGUCGGGGGGUGGCACCCCGUUGGCCCCCCCCGACCCGGCCCCCCUGCUCCCCCCGGGGGGCUGCAGGUUUGGUGACAUCCAAAGACGGUUUCAGAGCACUUUGAAUCUCUGCAGUUUUCUUGUGGGGGGGCGAAGCGUGUGGGGGGGGGGGGGUAAAGGAGGGGGUUCUCCUUCAUCAGCCCCCCCUCCCCGCCCUCCGCCUCCUCUCAUUUUGGAUACAAAUAUAUAUAUAUAUAUUUAUUGGCCAAGAAGUUGGUGCUGCUAACACAGAAACAAAAUCAGACGUGGAACGGAGCACGCCAGACCCCCUCCUCCCCCCCAGGACUGUGCCGGAGCAGAGCAGGGCUCAGAGGGGGCUUUGUUUCAAGGGGGGGGGGGGGGGGAGCUGCUCCGCGUGGGUUGCGUUUGAUUUUUAAAGACGUUUUGCCCUCUGGUUUCGCUCCCCCCCACGCCGGACUCCGGGAGCAGCGGGGGGUGCGCGUGCCUCUGUGUGUACAUAGCCCCGUGUACAGAGCGGGGGCCCCGCGCCCCGGAGAGACUCGACAGAAACUCAUCUAUAUUAUGUACUCUUUGGUUCCGUUUUGGAUAUUAACUGUGUUAUUUUUUUAUACACUUUUUAAGCCUUAA